AAAAGGUAACUAUAUAUAAUUUAUUGCCCAAUCUGGGACACUUGAGAAUAAAAGAGACUGGCAUUAAUAAUUACACCCAGACUAGAGGCAUCGCAGGAUGGGUGGUCUUCCACUUAGGACUUUUACAGCCGAGGAGAGAGAAGACCAGAUGGAAUAAGAAAGAGUACAAUGUUCUCAUGAAAACUAAGGAGGACAUCUAUGACGGAGGCUGUGGGAGAUUUAGUGGAGCCACCACCUGCCUGGUUUGAAAUAAUUCCUGUUAACCUGUCUAUUGGAUUAGCUCAGCAAGGGUGGGUUGUCUACAAAAACCACACUCCUCCUAAAAGGAUCCCCCAAAACCACGAAGCAGUUAAGAUAGUUAGCGAAUGUGAACCUGUUGAGAUCGUGGUUUACCAGACAAAAUGAAUGACCUAUCCGAAGCUUAAGGAGCGGCUCGGUGUAUCGGACUGAUGGACUAGUGUGGGAUGCUCACUUGGAAAACUGGAGGAAAAGUGGGAGUAUAGGGCACUAGAGGAGAAACUUGGGGGAAUAAGGCAGAGCGUGAGCCAUCUUAAGCAAGUCGGAUGGAUGAGGACCAGAUCCCGUGCCCGGGAGCUCUUCCUGAUGGAGCUACUUCACUGGCUGUGGAGCCGGGGCCACGUCGCCGCGUUCCCGGAGCUUUCUGCUGGUCCCGCGCAGGAGUGCGAGGGGUUUCCUUCCACAGAAGGACGGGACUUGAAACGGUGGAGAGCACGCCCACGGGCCGCUUUGCUCAGGGUGGUGCUGGUUAUUGCCUCUGACCCGGGGGCCCCGCGCACAGCAGGGUCUGCGCGAGGGGGGUCUGCAGGGACCCUGCGGGCUGGGACCCGGGACGACCUGGGUCCUAGGAAGCGGAGGGCUGCGCGGCAUUGUGUGGCAGCGGACAGGUGUCCUCGGUGGGAUAGAGAGCUAGGGGCCCAGACCGAGUGGCCGGGGGCACCGGGAGGACCCGCCUGCCUAAGCCGCUCACGGGCUGCGGCGCUCGCGGCCGCCUGCGGGAGGUGGGAGCCGACCGACCACCGAGAUGAUGGGUCUUCCAGGCUUCCUAGAGAGGCGGCGGGCUGCCCGUGGAGGCGCGCCCGGACGUCCGUGUCCCCCGGACGUGCGUGUCCCCCGGACGUGCGGCCAGUGCCGGAGGCGCCCGAGCCAGGUGUCCGACGCCGCGAGACGGUCCGUUUGCUGCAGGCGUUGGUGGAUUCCCGUUGCCCUUCGUUCUAGGACUCCAUGCGGGGUUCCUGCCGGGCCGCGCUGUUGGUUCGUAGACUCCUCAGGCCGCGUCGUACGGUUCACUCCGUCUCUGUAGCUUGGUCUGUUCUUCAGUCUUGAAAUCGGAGCAUUUCCCGGAGUAGCGUGAGUUAGCCUGGAGCUGGCUUGCACAAUGCGGAAGUAAAGUCUUAGCAUUUGCAGGUUUUGCCUGCGGUGUAGCCUGUGUUGGAAGGGGCGGCUUCUCCCUCAGGCCCACCCAGGGAGAUCUUAACGGU